UUUCACACCGGACUAUUGUUAUGCAUCUAAACACUAUAUAUAUAUGGAGAGCUAGCAGUGAGUUUGUGGUUGAGAUACAAAUAUUAAUAUUGAUCUGAUCGAAGAUGGGAAACACAAUUGGAGGAAAGAGCAGGAAAGCAAAGGUGAUGAAGAUAAGUGGAGAAACGUUCAAGGUAAAGACUCCCAUACGAGCUGGGGAUGUAGUGAAGGAGCACCCAGGUCAUAUGCUAUUGAAUUCUGAAGCUGUUAAACAUUUUGGUAUGAGAGCUAAGCCAUUAGAAGCGCAACAAGAGCUCAAGCCCAGGAGUAUAUAUUUUCUGGUAGAAUUGCCCAAUUUUGAUUAUAUGAAUUCGGAAGAAGAAGCAGGAAGAAGAAGUAAUAGCAGGGUGGCGAGAAGGGUGAGAUCGUCGGCCAAUAUUCAAGUGAGCGCCAAGGAGAGGCUCGAGUGCUUGAUGCUGUCUCGACGCUCUGCUUCCGACCUUACGAGUCUUGUGAGAGCAGCACCACCAUCUUUAGGAGGAGCAGGAGGAGGAGGAGGAGCUCCGGUGAGGAUGAAGAUGAGGCUGCCGAGGGCGCAGGUGGUCAAAUUGAUGGAGGAGAGUAAGGAUGAGAUUGAAGUCGCCGACAAAAUCAUUCAGCUCUAUAUGGCCACUGCCGGCACCGUCGGCGAUGACAGCAACACGGACAAAAACUUCACUUUCAAGGCGCAUCAGAAGCGAGUGAGUUUUGUCCCCGAGAAGAAAGGAGAAAUUCAAUUAGAUGUAGCUCCUCAAUAGGCAAUUGCCUAUCAAAAAUUCCAAUCCACUACCACGCCAUGUACACGAGAGUUUCUUCUUUCGUGAAUUGCUUUGUAAAUACGUGACAAAUAUAUUUCACAUUUUUGCAAUAGCUCUUGUACGUUUUCUAAUUUUUUACUAUCAGGUAGUUCUUUAUGUGGCAGACCAAUUUUCUGUAUCAAAA